UCUGUUCCAAAUCCAAUUAGGUUUUCUGGGGAAGACAUUAGGUUUAUCACUUUUCCCAUAAUCCCAAUUGUCUAGGGUUUGCUCCGGUAUAAUCAAUGGACCUCAAAGAAUACGUAGCAGAGACGACGACAGAAGGAGACUCGAGCAAAUUGAUGGAGACAACAGAACCCACGGAAGAGUCUGCUCUUGUUGCUACUGCUUCCCAGACAACACGUAAGGCCGAGUCUGACCCGGCGGAGGAUAUAGAAGAGAGCGGCGAUGAGGUUGAAGAGAGCAGCGAUAAUGAAUACGUUGACUCUGAAGAACCCGUGGAUGAAGCUUUGGCCUUCGCUCUUGCUUUCCUUGCAAAACGUGAGACCGAUCCGGCGGAGGAAAUAGAAGAGAGCGACUAUGAGGUUGAUGAGAGCGGCGAUGAAGAAGAAGAGAGUGACUCUGAAUUCUCUUACUCUGGAGAAACACUCAUCAUAAAGCCCAAGUGGUGGGUCGAACCUGAAUGGGAUUUGGACAGCUUCGAUUGUCUCGAGUACGAUUCCUCUGAAGAGGAAGAUGAAAUGUCCAAUGAAGAGGAUGAACAAAAGUGGCGCCGCUUUAAACGCCAGCUCAUCGAGAGCAAGGGGUUUUACGUGGAGCCGGAGCUUAUGCCAAUGUACAACUACUCACGAUUCAAACCAGUCGAAGACUUGGAACGUUCUGCGGGUUGCGGCCAAACCUACCGCGAGUUUUUUGCAGAUAUGGCUUGUCUCUGUCUCAAAACAUUCAACCAAUACAAGGGGUUGAAUGUGGAGUUUGUGGAAGUGUUGAGAGGUGCAUUUACAGCAGGAUCCAAAUCAAAGGUGUACAUUUCAUUCAUGGCUAAGGAGAAACCUGAUGGGCCUCUUGUCGAGUACCAAUAAAGCGCAGCAGAGACGACGGAAUCGAGCAAGUUGAUGGAGGCAACAGAACCCUUGGAGAAAUCUUCGGCCGAGUCCGACCCGGCGGAGGAAAUAGAAGAGAGCGGCGAUGAUGAUUACGUUGACUCUGACGAUGAGAGCGGCGAUGAUUACGUUGACCCUGACGAUGAGCUCUUACAUCCGACGUGGUUUAAAGUCCCUGAAUGGGAUGUGGACAGCUUCGAUGGUCUCGAGUACGAUUCCUCUGAAUAUAAAGAUGAAUUCCCCAAGGAAGAACAUGAAAAACUAUGGCGCCGCUUUAAGCGCCAGCUCAUCGAGAACAAGGGGUUUUAUGUGGAGCCAGAGCUUUGGCCAAUGUACAACUACUCAGAUUACAAAGUAGUCCCUAAUUUGGAUUUGCCUGCCAGUUUCGGGCAAACCUACCGCGAGUACUUUGCAGAGAUGGCUUGUCUCUGUCUCAAAAAGUACAACCAAGACAAGAGAUCGAAUGUGGAGUUUGUGGAAGUGGUGAGAGGUAUAUUUACAGCAGGAUCUAGAUCAAAGUCGUACAUUACAUUUAUGGCUAAGGAGAAACCUGAUGGACCUCUUGUCGAGUAUCAAGCUAAGUUUAUGGAGGCAACAGAACCCAUGGAGGAAUCUUUGGCCCUCGCCACUACUUCCCUGGCAAAACGUAAGGCCGAGUCUGACCCAGCGGAUGAUAUAGAAGAGAGCGGCGAUGAAGAAUACGAAUACGUUGACUCUGAGGAUGAGAAUGAAGAACCCGUGGAUGAAGCUAUGGCCUUCGCUCUUGCUUUACUGGCAAAACGUAAGACCGUGGCCGAAGAGAGCGGCUAUGAGGUUGAUGAGAGCGGCCAUGACAAAGAAGAGAGUGGCGUUGAAUACUCUUACUCUGGAGACAUGCUCGUCAUAAAGUCCAAGUGGUGGGUCGAACCUGAAUGGGAUGUGGACAGCUUCGAUGGUCUCGAGUACGAUUCCUCUGAAGAGGAAGAUGAAAUGUCCAAUGAAGAGGAUGAACUACAGUGGCGCCGCGUCAAACGCCAGCUCAUCGAGAGCAAGGGAUUUUACGUGGAUCCGGAGCUUAUACCAAUGCAUAACUACUCACCAAUCAAAGCAGUCGCUGAUCUGGAAUGGUCUGCGGGUUUGGGCCAAACCUACCGUGAGUACUUUGCAGAGAUGGCUUGUGUCUGUCUCAAAACAUUCAACCAAUACAAGGGGUUGAAUGUGGAGUUUGUGGAAGUGGUGCGAGGUGCAUUUUCUGCAGGACCUAAAUCAAAGUCGUACAUUACAUGUAUGGCUAGGGAGAAACCUGAUGGGCCUCUUGUCGAGUAUCAAUGCAAGGCUUGGUCUACGUUUGUUCGACACGAGAACUAUCCCAUACUCUGUAGACCUGCUCCUACCACAAAGCUCUCAAACCAAAACUAGUAAAGGUAUGGUUUUCGACUCAGCAUUUCUUUUGUCGUGGAUACAUUCUAUAGCUUGAAGUUGUGGAUAUUUGGAUAUACUUAUGUCGUAGCUCAACAUGUUUAGAUUUAGGUCAUCGGGCAUUCAGUUUCAUGUCUGUUAGAAAGAUAUAGUCAAAGAACCAUCUCAACAAAUUGUCUUGACUGAU